UGAUGAUCAAGUGCUCGUUCGUAUCGCGGAUUAGUUGGUAUUCGGAUGUUUGGUGCAGAUUUUAUUAAAUUAUUUUGGUGUUUUGUUCAAACAAAGGUAUCUCUAUCAGUGUAGCUUCUACAUAAAUUCAAUCAAUUCUAAGAUUAUCAACAAUUUGGAUAACGCGUGAUAUUUGAACAAUAAAUAUGGUGAAAUUGUGAAUUGAAUUGAAUUGAAAUAUCAAUGUGAUGAAAACUUCGACACUCCAUUUUAUUCAAAACUUGAAAACUAAAAACGGAUUUAUUCGCUCUUUCUGCGGGGGAGGGACCGAAAGAGAAACUCUAUCGAAUGCGUAAAGUCAUUUCGAAAUCGGCGUCUGACAUCUUCAAUAAUUUACUGCAAAAAUAUUCCACACACAAGCAUAACACUCGAUCGUCCGUGAAGAUGUGGUUGACUUUCGCUCUCUUCGGAUUAUUAUUUUUGAGCAUAACUACAAAAGUUCAUGGAUUUCCUUGUGAUUUCGCCGAUUCGAUUAACAUCAAUGACGGAGAAUUGCAGUCGAAUAACAGCAUCAUAUUCAACGGUAUCGAAUAUCCGCCGAAUCAAUAUUUUCGCCACAUAGAUGGAAUUGAACGUGAAUUGCGUGGAUGCAUUUGCAACAUCAGAAACUGUAUUCGACUUUGCUGUCCACACGGAUCAUUUACAAUAAGCAUGAAAAAGGAAGAGGUGAAAUGCGAACAAAACGAAAAAGCACGGAAUUUCCAGGCCGAGGUGAGCGAUGAAAAUGGUCAAACAAAAAUUCAAAAUUUAGAUCAGCAUUUCGGAUACGUCGAUCGUAUUUGCAAAGUGCAUUACAGGCCGGAGCCGGAAGACUUUAUCAUUACACAUACAGGAGACGUUCUGGCAGAAAAUCAAACAUACAACCAUCGCGAAUACUGCAUCAAAAUCUCAUCCAACGAAACGAAAGGAAUCUAUUUAGAGGCAAAAAUAUGCUUGCCAAACGAUGAGAUAAAAGAUCCUUCACCUAUGCUCGCAAGUUUUUCCUAUUUACCUUACGUGCUAUACACAUCGAUUCCAUGCAUAGUCGUCACAUAUAUCAUCUACUUUGGCAUAUCCGAGCUGCGUAAUUUGCAUGGCAGAUACUUCCUCUGCUACUUAUUUUGUAUGAUGCUCAUGUACAUUUUAUUAGCUUUUGAGCAACUCACUCGCAAGUUUCACGUUGAUACGGUCACGCGUAAAAAACGCGCCUCAAUGUUAUACUUUGCAACCUUCUCGGCUUUUCUGUGGUUAAAUGUGAUCAGUUUCGAUUUGUGGUCAAGCUUUCGAUCCACCAUCAGGGUCAAACCAUAUUCAGAAAGAAAGAAGUUCAUAUUGUACGGUGUGUAUGCUUUUGGUGGGUCGUUGCUUGUGAAUAUUGUCGGCCAUACAAUGGAUGCAAUCGAUGGGCUUCCAGAUUAUCUAAAGCCAGGCAUUGGAAAAACUUCGCUCCAUCUCAAAGAAAAUUUUACAUCACGAUUAAUUUACUACUACGGUCCACUUUGUAUUAUUUUCAUAGUGAAUCUUGUGUUUACGAUUCUGACCGCAUUGAAAAUUUAUCAAAUUCGGUUGGAUUUGAAAAAAAUGACAUUGCAAGUCAAACGUAACGAACUUCGAAAAGGACUACAACACCAAAAGAAUAGUUAUCUAUUGUACGUACGAUUGUUCAUCGUAACUGAGGUUAUCUGGAUCGCAGAUGCAGUUUGGUUUCUCUCGAAUAAUAAUCUUGUUUUAUCCGUGAUGGAUAUUCUCUAUUGUGCACAAGGAAUAAUCAUUUUCGUAUUAUUCGUAUUGAACAUUCGAGUUUUACGUUUAAUAAAGAAGAGUUGGAAAACUUAUUCACCAGUAAUAGCAACGACUUCCAAUUAGAUGUAUACAACACUUGAUACAACAUCUAUACCACAACAAAAAAAAAUGUUCCAAAUCGGAUGCAACGUUUUUAAUGAACAUAAUUCCCACUAAUUUGCUACUAAUAAACUACGUCCACUAUGACAUGUUCCAAAAUCUUUCAUAUGCGACUUUUAUGUCACUAAGUAAAUAUUGGAAACACUAAUAUGAUACUAAAUUUGUUCCGUGCCAUGUAUUUGCCACGGAUAUGGAACCAAAACUUUUGUGGCAAAUGGAAUUCGGUGUUAUUAAUGAUUUGGACAAACAUUUUACUGAUCAAAGUGUAAGAACAAACACCAAUCCAUCUACAGAAACAAAACUUUAAACAGAUACAAUAACCAAAGGGGAAAGUUUCCUCUCACAAAGGCAAUAUACACGUACUUUAACCUAUUUCAAAAUAAACAUGUGUCGUUCGUUUUUCUUGGAUUGGACCGUCUAUAUUGACUUUGUGAGGUCAAACUUGUAUCUUUUUUGAUCUUUUCUGUUAGCAUAACCAAAGAUAAAAAGUUAUACAAAAAUAACUCAUAUCUAUUUGAAUAAAAUAAACUAAAUUUGAACGGUUUAA